UCCGUGGCCCAUUCAGACACGCCGACGUCAGCGCUGCUAGGGCGGGACGUCCUGUGACGUUUCCUUACUUCCAUUCCUCUCCGUGGCGGCUCUUCAAUUGCCAGAGGCCAUGGCUUGGGCCGCGUCCUCGCUGCCCACCGACAAGUCCCGGUUCAUCUGUAUAUAUCCAGCCUACAUAAAUAACAAGAAGACAAUAGCAGAAGGAAGAAGAAUACCUCUUGACAAAGCAGUAGAAAAUCCAACAUCUACAGAAAUUCAGGAUGUAUGUGUGGCAGUUGGACUGAAUGUGCUUUUGGAGAAAAACAAAAUGUAUCCCAGGGAGUGGAACCGUGAUGCACAGUACAGGGGCAGAGUCCGGAUUCAGCUCAAGCAGGAAGAUGGCAAUCCAUGUCAACCUCAAUUUCCUACACGUAAGGCAGUGAUGCUGUAUGCUGCAGAAACAAUCCCCAAACUAAAAACAAGGACACAGAAAAUGGGAGGUAGUGACCAAAGUCUACAGCAAGGAGAGGGAGGCAAGAAAGGUAAAGGAAAGAAGAAGAAAUGAGAUAGUGGCUGGCAAAAAUACCAUAUAUAAAGAUGAACAUGGAUGCUGGGCAAUAAAGACUUCUGAUGUACAAGUUGGAGCAACAAACAAGAACUGUUGCAUCUGUUGUGUGGUAAUUUCUAAACUGGAAUGUAUUUAACUCACAUCUAAUUACAAUUGAUCCAUUUGUGAUCAUCUCAAGAAAUGUUUGCUUUAGUAUUGGCAGCAAAGGGGGGGGGGGGGGGUUGUUUGUAUCUGGUAGAAAUACAUCUGAAAUGGAUGCAGAUUAUAACACUGGUUGUGUUGGAUGAGGUCCAGAUUAAGGUAAAUGACAGUGGGAUGGUUAAUUUAGUGUUUGAUGGGGCCCUUAAAUCAUUUCCCCCUCUUUAGUAAAACAGCAAAGCAAUAUUUGAAUUAAACUGUUUUGAAAGGCCACCUUUAAUCUUCCCUAUCUAAGAUAUUAUUAAGUUUUACUACUGAAAUAUUCUUUACUGGAGCUGGGUAAACUAAAAAUAUCUCACAGCUGAGUAAUGCUACAACAUCUGUACGUACUACAUGUGUACAUGCAUAUUUUUCAACAGUGUGGGAUGAUAAGGUACUUGAAUGAAACUAGUGCAUUCACUCAUAGUCAGGAAUCAAUGACACGUGUUACAUUGAUUUGAGCAAGUAACACCUACUGAUGUUUUUUCAUCGAUAUAGUUCAUGAUUUAGCAUUUUAACAAAAACUUCGUUUGUGAUUAUAAUUAGAGGAGUUGAACUGUACCUGAAGGAGAAACUGAACAUACAAACUUGCAUAUCCUGUGGCUACUUGAGAUUAUAGUUAUGCAUUGACUGGAUUACAAAAACAGAAUUAUGACCCAUUAGACAAUUGUUAGUGUUUAGGCAUGCUACUGUAUAUUUAGAUUCUGAUUGUGUUGGGAGCAGUGGUGUUGUGGCUCAUCUAAAUCAAUCCUCUUUACAUAUUUAAAAACUAAUGUUUUGUGUAACCAACGUGGCUCCUGUUCUCGGCCUUCAGGGUCACCCAUUUAGUAUAGAUUAUUAGUCUUCAAUCACCGCAUUGCCCAGACCCACUGUACUCCAGGUAUGCAUGUGGAAACCCCUUAUGCUUUUAUGCUCUGUUUGUAAGGAGGCAAUGCUAUUUUAACCACUCCUUUAGUCAGGCUGUGACUAAAUCCUGAUCCACUAGAUCCUGACCCACUAGUGAUAUAGGUGUAACCAUCAAACCCACUGAAGUUCUUGCUUUUGUUAACGAAAAGUUUUGCUAACCUUCUCUAGGUGGCAGUAUUAUCAAAUGCAAUGUAUAGAACAAAAAGCAGAAUUCACACUCUAGUUCUAUAUACAUUAUUCCUUUUUUUAAAAGUUCCUGAUGACCAGAGCUAAAUCUUAUCUUUUAAUCCUGCACGUGUCUGCAGUUAGUUUCUGCUGCUUCCUUAGCAUCAUGUUUUGAAAAUAUUUAGGGUGUCACUAAGCUCUUCUUCACAUAUUAAACAUUAUAGAAACAUACAAAACACUUCAGUGUAGAAAGAGGUGUGUAAAUUGUCAGGUGAAGGGAUUAUGUUUAUAAAUUCAAUGCAUAUAUUUAAUGUUUUUGUAUCACUAAUCACUACAUGUUUUCAACUCUGAGCCCUGAGUCAUAUUGUCUGUGGAACCAGAUGACAGAAGAAACUUCACUGCUUUGCUUAUUUGACAGGUCUCAAAAUCAUGACCAAAAUUUUUUUUCUCUGGCAUGUGGGUCAUCCCAUUUCUUCCAGCAUAAGCCUGUUAACUUGCACGUUCACCAGAUGCAAGAGCCUUUCCUUUUCUGUUUAGAUGCAUGGUUUUGAGGCUUCUUUAUCACACCAAGCUCGAGAGCACAUGAUAAAGAAAGCUACUUUGUUGAGUCAUCUUAUAUAUAAUAGGGAAUAAACAAGGUUGGUGUCCCAUCCCUAGGUGUAAGGAGUUCCUUUACAUUUGGCGAACAGUAUAUAGUUCCCAAGCCAAGAAUAUAUAUUGUGAGCUGCUUUGGUUCCCAUACAUAAAUAAAGUAGCAGUUGAUAGCAA